GACUCAGCUUCUCUCGGUCGAGCUCAAACAGAGUUACUACAGUUACCUAGCAACAGUCAACAAGUACAAGAAGCUAGUGCCGAAGGCAGGAGAAAAGAGAGACUUCAAAACAGUACUAAAACAACCUCCAGAACAGUGAAUUACAGAAUUCUCAUACAAACAAGUAUGGUUUCUGCUGUUGCAAACGGAGGAGAUCACACGCUUUACUCUCACGCCGUCAAAUCUCUAGAGGACAAAAUCCGCCUCGAUGUCAAUGCAAGAAAUGUCCGACUAACGGAAUACUUCAAGGACUUUGAUCGCCUGCGAACGGGAUUUAUUACAAAACCGCAGUUUGAGCGCUGCCUGGACCAGCUUUUCGGCAUUGUGUUAACACCUGAGCAAGAUGCACUUCUUAUGGCAAAAUAUGGCAGUGACGCUAAGCAGAAGGGAAUGGUCAAUUAUCGCAUGUUUUGCCAUGUUAUCGGCUCUGUCUUUGAUCCUAACUUAAUAGUGGAAGAUCCUGCCACACAGAGGCCAACAAUGAGCAACCCAGUUGACAGGCGGCCUUUGAGUCCUGCCUCCCUGGCUAAAUGCGAUGAGUUACUCAUGAGAAUGGCCACUCACUACAAGUAUCAUGGUAUAAAUAUCAAGUCCUGCUAUGCUGACUUUGACAUACACCACAUCGGUGUCGUUACAGAGCCCCAGUUCUUCCGUAGUUUCCCAGGGCCACCUGAUAUCACCGAUUAUCAGGUUAAGCUCCUUGCCCGUAAAUACCGUGACUCUGUGAGGCCUGGUCUGUGUAACUACUAUGACUUCCACUUUGAUAUUGAGGACAAGCAAAAAUAUCUUCAAGAAGAAGCAGAUUUCACCAAGUAUGCUCCUACAGAAGACUUCCUUCCUGCCCCAAGAAGCCCCAAGGCAUCAACACUGCAAGAGAUCUUUGAAAGGAUCCGUGUGGCAGUAUUCAAGAACGGAAUACGUACCCCAGAAUUUUUUCGUGACCACGAUAAACUCAGAAGUGGCAUUAUCACAGAGAACCAGUUUAUUUGUGGACUGAGUCUGUGCUGUGCCACUCAAGCCAAUCUAUCGCGGGACGAAAUACAGAAGGUGGUAGACUACUACCGCACAGAGGACGGACGUGUGCGAUAUCAGGAGUUCUGUGACCUUAUGGAAAAUGCAUUCACUGUGCCUGAACUUGAAAAAAAACCAACAGCAGAUGCAUAUAGACCACCAGUUGGAGCUCUUGCCCAGGCUCCGAAUCUACUGACAGAGCAGGAGGAGCGCCGUGUAUAUGAGAUUUUAGAAGACAUGAGGGACAAAGUGCGCAAGCGCAGAUUAAUGGCCUACCCUUACUUCAAGGACUUUGACAGGAGUAAAGGGUACACACGAGGUAUUACAAAGACUCAGUUUGCAAGAAUGUUGCACUUUCUGACACUUGACCUGCAGCCUCUUGAGCUAGCGUUGAUUUGCAAGAAGUUUGAGUACCAAGUUGGUGGAGAUAUUAACUACCCAGCAUUCAUACAAGCUAUCGAUACAGAGUAUAUUGGGACGGCCACAUCUCUAUCAGAUAAGAUGAAUAAGGAUAGGGCUCAGACUCCACCAAAGCCUUCCCCACCCCUGGAUUUGUCCAGUGUGGACUUGGAUGAGCUGAUUCAACGUAUCCGUCAUCAUGUGCUUGUCAAGAGACUUAGGGUAGAGGAGUUUUUCCAGGACUUUGAUCCUCUGCGACAUGGCUCCAUUAGUGUCAGUCAGUUCCGCCAGUGCCUCAACUCCAUGGGACAGACAGACCUCACACAUGCUCAAUUCCAAGUGUUGGCACAACAGUAUGCCGACCCAAAACGUCCUGGCAACGUCAUGUGGACACAAUUCCUCACAGAUGUUGAGAUAGUAUUCACCAAGCGUGGUCUGGAGAAGGCUCCGAGUUAUGAGGUCCCAUCCAGUGAGGUGUUCCACAUGCCCCGACCAGGCGCAAACCAGGGGCUGUCCAGUGGUGAACUUCAGAUGCACUUAGAGACCAUCAUGCAUCGCAUGCACCAGAAGAUCCUACAACGCCGCAUUCUCUGCAAGCCCCUCUUCCAGGACUUUGACAAACAUAACAAUGGCCAUGUGACUAGGUCCCAGGCUCGCCAGUGUUUGCACAAUCUUGGUCUGACACACGACGAGAAUGAGAUGAAGAUCAUUGAAGCCCGAUACUCAGAUGACAUCGGAUUCAACUACAUUGACUUCCUUGAACUGUUGCAGCCCCCAGACAAGCCUGACCACAUGUAUGUGAAGCGCUUGGAAGGGCUCAAGCUGGUAAACAGCAAACAGAUGGCAGAUCUUGGUGAGCAGGACAUGGAGACAAUCAUGCACAAGAUCAAAGCCAAGGUGAUGAAAGAGCGCAUCCGGGUACUAGAAUUCAUGCGGGACUAUGACAAGCUACGCACAGGGCGCAUGCUCAGAGCAAACUUUAUCCGGGCGAUGGACAUGUGUUGUCUGGACCUGACCAAGCGAGAGAUAGAAAUCAUCAUGGACAGGUACUCGUCCCCCGGCUAUCCGGACUACGUAGAUUACGCCCGAUUCUCUGACGACAUCGAGCAGAUCUUCACCAUCAAACACCUUGAGAAGAUGCCGCUUGUGGAGCCGACCCAGUUUAACCCUCACGUCCAGAGCGAGAACUUAAAACUCAGACCUGAGGCAGAGGAGGCGUUUGAACGCGUAAUGCACAGACUUGCGGACCGAGUGCGCAUCCGUAGAAUUCAAAUCUUCCCGCUCUUCGAGGACUACGAUAAGGUCCAUAAUGGUUCCGUGUCGCGCUCGCAGUUCAAUCGCGUCUUGUCAGAGCUAGAUCUUGGAGGUCUUGUCAGCGCACGAGAGUUCGAGGUCCUCUACCAGAAAUUUGACGUCGUAAUCGGCCUGAAGCACGACUUUAACUAUAUCGGCUUUUGCGAUACAAUCAAUGACUAUGCUAAUUUUGCAUUCGGCAUGCCUUAAACUUAAAAUAUUGUAGCUUCUUUUAGACGGAAUAAGGUUGACUUUCUCAAGUUCUGUUUGAAUUAUUCGUAAGCGCCAAAUUAAGUUAUGCUGAACGAUAAUACAACAUUUGAAAUCAAUAUAGUAUAUUUUAGUUUUGAAAGCUUGUAUCACACUAAUGUAAAUAAAUGUGUAAGAUAUUUUCACGAA